UGUGUUCAUCCUAUGGCGGUGCUAACAGCGACCGCUCUGGGGAGACAAGUACUACGGUCUGAGCCCGCGUUUCUUGCGGCGUCUGGAGAGUUCACUCUUGUUGAUGGACGCGCUGCCAAUGGUUGUUUUUCUCGGCUUAUUAUUCUUUUGUGCUGUUGGGUCAGAUAAUCCUGUAGGGACUGAGGGAAUGAUUGGGGAUGUUGUUGUACAGAUGAGGGAAAAGGGCGAAUUAGGCUUAGGGUGGAAGCGAUCAAUCGACCGGAGAUGCCAGCCGUGUAUCCUGAGGUACUGUCAAUGGAGCCAGACUCUAGCCAUCGUCCAGGGCUUGUAGGAUCUAUCUACAUAGUAUGUAUAGAUAAAGC